UUCACCAAGGAGCACAUAGUAGAGGAAGAGGUGCUUAGGGAAAAAGGCCAUUACAAACCAACAUUCACAGGAGCCAUCCAAAAAGCGACACAUAGAACUACUAAAUUCGGUGAAGUACUAUGUGUCAUAGGGUUCUACAAGGAUGAGAGAGGAUCCUUCCACAGCUCCGACACAGGAGCUUGCGGUUGAGCCCAUAGCAACUUCUAGUGAAGAACCCGUCCCUCUUGAACAAAAGGAUUUAGACGGUGAUGAACGGGUCAACUACAAGGCCGAUACUGAAACCUACCUCACUAAACCCGAUGACACUGGCUUCAAGGGUGAUACCAGUGGUUAUUCCUACAUGCUAGAUGACGAACCUGAGCCAAAAAUCGGUAACAAAGUGGCUUCCGUGUCUAUUUCUAUUACUAGCGAGCCUGUGUUGACAAUUGGUUCCAAGAAUUGGUCGCUCACCGAAAGUGAUGGUAAGUGGACGGAGCUUGAAAACACCAUUCUCGAAUGAGACUAUCAUCAAGGAGGCCAAGGCCAUCAUAGCUGAGGCUCAAACCAAAUUAGAGAUGGCUCAGGAGCAGAAAAAGAAGCUUGAAUUCAAGUUCUCUGAGCUCACCACUGAGUGAGAUUUUAACACUUCUCAACUGCAGAUUUAAACAGCUCCGUUAGAAGCUGCUAAAACUCAAGUCAUCUAUAUCGAUCCAGAGGUCUUGAAAGAGAGAGCUCUAAAAGGGGCUCUCGAUGCCAGAGAGUUAAGAUGGCUGAGCACAUUAAGUGAAUUUGAUCUUUCUUUCCCUUUUUCCUUUAGGAUUCCCUCUUCUGCAAUAAUUUAGCUCUUUUGAUAAUAAUAGAGAACCUUUGUCA